GAACUUUCCGGCAAAAUCCCAACAUCACUCUAGUGAAUGAUUCUCUAUUAGUUCUAUUACCACCUCGUACAAGCAAGUGUGCCCUGUAUUGGCGAGCCGCGAUCUGAACCGUCCAAACGCCUCAGCUACAAGACCAUCAAAGAAGGCACUUGGAAAGCGGAAGGUAGCGGAAAUCAUUCAGGUCACUCCUAUGGAUGCAACACUGGAGCCUGCUCCCAUUGAUGACACAGCCGAGUCGACUAGCAAGUUUCAGUACACUCUACCUGAUUUUCCACACAACUUCUCCUCUGGUUCCUCCAAGCUGGACGUAUUUGGUUCAUAUACACGUUCUUCAACUCAUACCAGUCCUAUUAGGGAAGGAGGCACCUCAAGCAAUUGUGGUGGAACGACGUUCCGAAAUGCUACACCAGAUACGACACUCAUUAGUCUCGCAAAUUCUUCGUCUACUCGCGAUGACGCAGAUACCACAUUAGUGGAAGAUACCAACAACAGUACUGCCAAUAUCAAAUUAUCAACAACACCCUCACCUAAGAAAUUACUCCUACCUGUGCUGAAGAAAGCAUCGCGGCGUCUGUCGGUCACACUAUUUCCUACGAAGCCCCAGAGUCCCGCUCGUCCUAGUUCGCCCUCUUCCUUGUGCAAACCAACGAUAUCGUCGAUGCAAAAGACAGUAUCCCCGGUCUCGAAGCCAAUUCCCAGACCCAUGAAGCCCACCUUUCCCUUACGCAUCAAGAAAAAGGUCAAUCGUGCCGGCGCUGCGCCACCAGUUCCUGAGCUGCCGAAAGAUGGGAGGUUGAGGAAGUCGGUGAAAUGGCUGAGUAGGAUGAUGACUGGUUCAUAAUUUUUUUGUGUUCGUGGAGUAGACAGACUAAUAAUCAUAAGAGGU